AUGGCUCUCAGCGGGUUCUAUUCGGCGUGGCACAAGCGGUUCCUGGUGCUCAAAGACGAGUCGAGUGAGCGGGGUCCGCUGCUGGAGAUGUACACGAGCCAGGAGGAGGCCCAGUCGCAGUGCACGGCGGUAGCGUGCAGCAGUGGCGGCAGUGUGGCACGCGCUGUGCCAGUGACAGCGCCCGCCUGUUGCAGACUCUGUUUCGACCUGGCGCAGACUGUGCACGUGGGCUUCACCUCGGACUCGAAACGCUUUCCCAACGCUCUGGUGCUCGUGUGUCAGGGCCGGUCGCCUCUGGUGUUGGCCGCUCAGGACGAGCUCGGCUCGCGCUCUUGGCUGCUUGCUUUGGGACUCAUCGCCCACAAAGCCUCAUCACAGCACGGGUGGAGGUUUAUGUGCCGGAAGGCGUCCGAGCAAGCGGCGGCCAUGGCCAACUGUGCGGCGUUCAGCAGCAGCGUGGAGAACAGUGCGUCUGGCGCCGGAAGCACCGACCUGGGGUCGUCAUGCCGCCUCCGCACGGCGCGAGGUAGCGGCGGAAGCAGCGGUGCCUGUGAGGGUGACUCGGCUGAAUCUCUCGACGGCGUGCUCAUCCCGCCACCGCUGGAAUAUGGCGAUGGUUGCUUAGACAUGCGGACAGACGUGUAUGGUGGCGGCGCGCGCGUCGAUGCAGUGCUCUUCUCGCGGGAGCGGUUCCCUGUGACGCUACAGCCUAACGAGGCCUCCGAGCGACUGGGGCUGCGUGGCGACUUCCAGCUGGUGAUCCUGGGCCAUAGCGUCGGCUUGCUGCGACCGGGUGCGCCGGAGCCCUUCCUCGUGUGGCCCGUCACUUGCAUCCGCCAGUACAGGCAUGAGCUGUUGCUGCAACCUGGACAGGGGCCACAGCACGCAGCAUCGUGCGCUAAGGUUGCCGCUGCCCGAGGAGCCACCACGUUAGUGACCAUCGAAGUCGGCCGGUGA